AUGGCCUCAUCACCAUUAUCCAACAAUCCAUACCUCUUCCUCUUCUUCCUCCUAGCCUCCAUUACCCUCGCAACCGGUUUCAAAUUCCUUUUAGCUGAAGGGAAGAAGGCUCAUUUGCACUUCUACGUGCAUGUCACAUUAACCGGUCCCGCAGCGACCUCCUUCAUCGUAGCCAGCAUUAACAACGACUCAUCCUCCUUCGGGGAUGUCGUCGUCUCCGACAACCCCCUAACAGAGGGACCGGACCCCGGGUCGAAGCUUAUUGGCCGGGCUGAGACCUUAGAUGUCAUUGCAUCAUUGGCAUCUCGGUCGGCACUGACGGCCACCAAUUUCGUGUUUACAGAGGGGAAGUACAACGGGAGCUCGCUCACGGUGCUCGGAAGGGAUGUGGUGAGGGGCUCGCCGGAUCGUACCAUCAUCGGCGGCAGCGGGCGGUACCGGAUGGCACGAGGCUUUAUGGUUGGCAAGAUCAUCAAGGCCACCGGCAUAUCAGCUGUUGAGGAGGUUGACAUGUAUGUGUUCCAUUACUGA